CCCUGCCCCACCUAUACAGGCUUGUAUACACCUUUGUUUUGUUUACAAGGAUGAGGCGAAGUGGAGAUGCUUUGAAUUUGGAUUUGCAUUGUUCCUGGCACAAUUACUAGACGAUGGUGGAUGUAAUGGUGGAUGAAACAUGAACGCCACGAGUCUCUAUGUGGCCACUUGUCGGCUGGUCAUGACGGCCGAUCCAGAAAAACGUGAGAGUUGGACUGAACUAUACAAGUUGUUGCCUUACCUUCGCCAGUCUCUUUCCUGCACCGUCUGCGGGAAAUUGCUGUGUGAACCGCACACUCCAACAGAAACUACCUGCCAGCACCAUGUCUGUAGAAAGUGUUUGGGUGGGAAGAAGAGGUUGAAACCCGUCUGCAGCUGGUGCAAGGAUUAUACUUUGUACAUUGACAAUGUCCAAGUGAAACUCGUGGUGCAGUGUUAUAGAAAGUUAUGUGAAUAUAUUAAAUUCACACCAAUAUAUUGUAAGUUAUGUUCCAUAUACAGUAAUGGAGGUCAACUAAGUCUGGUUGACAUAAUAAAUGAAGCAGUUGAGAAUAGCAACAAGUGUGAUGAAACAAAUAAUGUGCAUUGUGAACAUGAGAUUGACAAUAAAGAAAAAAUUCCUGUACCUCAAACGAGUGGUCUGUGCACGUCAACAACGACUGUCAGUAACUCUCAGUCCCCACCUACCCAGGUGCCACCACCACAAUCCACACCACCUCCACCGCCUCCACCGCCUCCGCCACCACCCCCCCCACCACCACCACCACCGCCACCACGAUUGCCGUUGACACAGACCUCCUUGCUACACCCAGUUCCACUGAUAACCACAUCAGUUCAAAAUCUGGCUGUACCGCAGACUUCCUCGCAUCCUGUUACAUCCGUCACAGCCGCAGUUUCCAGUCAGUCACAGUCGUCGUCGCUGCUCAGCACAGUGAAGGCAGUGAUCCCAUCCUUACCACCUGCAGUUCCAUCAGCCCACCAUUUCCCGCUGCAAACAGUCGCUGCCACAACCACCACCAUCACUACAACCAACAGUGGAGUAUCUGGAAUAGGCUUUGCUCCAGGUACAAUAUUUCCAAGUACAAAUUUAGUUAAGCAAGUUGUUAAAGAAAUAUCUAUUCCUAAACACAAUUCUUCAGUUAACAAUGGGUCCUCCAUAUAUUCUGUAAUGUAUACUGAUGGUGAUAGUACAAAAAUAACUAUCAAAAGAAAACCUCCAGAAAUUGACAAUUCAAACAAGCCUGUUUCUCUUGACCCAGAAGUUGUUCCUACUGGAAACCAAGAACUCAUAAAAAAACCCAAACCCAAACCUAAACCUAAGCCUAAACGCAAAGGCUGUCGGUGUGGAAAUGCAACACCAACGCCUGGAAAAUUGACUUGCUGUGGACAGAGGUGCCCAUGUUAUGUGGAAGCCAAGGCGUGCAUAGAGUGCCGGUGUAGAGGUUGCCGCAACCCACAUCGGCCUGGAGGGAAGAAGGUACGGCCAGUGAUCCCUCAGCUGGCCAACAUCCAGAUUCAUCAGGUGCAGCCAGUCCAUGGACGAUCCACGACCUCCUCUAUGCCCAACAAUGUUGCCACUACCUGCACCGGCACUAUUGCUCCGCCACCUCCUGUUUCGUCUGCCGUGAUCACAAAUACAACCAUACCUCAGACUAUUCGAGCAGUGCAAGCUAUGCAUGCUGUGCAAGCAGUGCAUGGUGUGAGUAAUGUGCAGGCUGUUGCCAGUGGUGUUCAUCAGUUGAUUAGCCUAGGGAGUGGGAUGGUUCAAAAUCCACUCUCCCCUGGGCUGGGCGUCAACCCUGUGGCAGGUCUGGCAGUGAAACCUGUUAGCCUGGCCCUCACAUCUGUGCCAGCUCAACUUCUGAUCAAUGAUGAUCGAUCAACUUCCAACAGUGAACCUGAUAACAGUGAUGUAGAUGUGGACAUAUAGCAUAGGUAGAACUCAUUAAUAAAAGUUAUUCAAAGCUUUUGAAACAUGUGGGUAUUAGCUAAAAGAGGAUAAUCUAUUUUUGCAAAUAAUUAGAAAUUUUGUUGAGGCAUUCAAGAAUCUACAAAUAUACUCUGUGCAGAAAAUGUAUUGUAUGAAUAGCUGUCAUUAAUUUGAAUUAUUGUAUUUCCAUAUUGUUUAUAUUUUUUUUUACAUCUUUCAUAAUGUAUUACUUAUUACUGUCAAUAUUUUAUUAACAUUCCUUUGACAAAAUAUAAUUUUCAUUAUUUAUAUUGGGAAUUAUGAAAAUCACAGACCAGCAGUUGGUUCAUCAUUUUAGCAGCAUUUUAUACCUAUUUAUUUAGUAAUUUGAUGAAAACUUCCCGGUGGAACUUUGACUUUGUUUUACUGUUUUAAGAUAAAAUUAUUAUUCUCAUGGAGUAAAGUGACAACUAACAAAGAGCUGCAUAUUACAUAUUAGUAUUGCUAUUUUUGGUGCAAUCUGUGUGAGCCUUUAUAUUACCUACUAAAGAUGUAAGACUGCAGCCACUUAGUAAGCAUCUCAGGUUUUUUUUAAUAAUAUCCACUUCAUGACUUUUGUAGAUAUCAGGUGUCUGUAUCUUUACAAAAACAAGAUCAUUCUUUUACAUUAUAUAUAUAUAUAUAUAUAUAUAUAUAUAUAUAUAUAUAUAUAUAUAUAUAUAUAUAUAUAUAUAUAUAUAUAUAUAUAUAUAUAUAUAUAUAUAUAUAUAUAUAUAUUAUUUAUUAUGUCAAUGCUGAACCCUGAAAAUAUUGUCUUUGGAAUAAAGUCCUUUCUUCUGUCUAUUUCUAUAUCCUUUGCCUAUUGUUUUGAUGAUGUAGAUGCCAAAGGCACAUCUUGCUGGCUGAUUACAUAAAAACUCAGGGUAGUAAGUGCAAUCCUGUAUAUUAACAUUGUUGAGUAUUUUGUUUGGAUGCCAUAAAGAAAUGUGUAAUAGCAACACUGUUAAUCUAACACCAAAUGUUGAGUUGGAAGGGACUAUGGCAUGUCCUUACAUACAAUGUGAAAUGGAUAAAUGUAAAAUCCCCAAGGUUUCUCAUGAGAAUGCAGGAGACUAAACAACCUAGGUAUAUAGAAUGAGAAUGGCACAGCAUACUUGUGUUUGUUAUAAAUACAGUGAAUCUCAAUAUUCACAAAGAAAAAUAACCAUUUUUUUUUUUCUUCCCUCUUGUUCCUCUUUCUGUGCUACAUUGUCAGUUGAGUGAACAUUUCUUGAGAUUUUGGGUCUCUCUCUCUCUCUCUCUCUCUCUCUCUCUCUCUCUCUCUCUCUCUCUCUCUCUCUCUCUCUCUCUCUCUCUCUCUCUCUCUCACACACACACACACACACACACACACACACACACACACACACACACACACACACACACACACACACACACACACACACACACACACACACACACACACACAACUGAUCACACUGAUCACACAACUGAUCCAUUUGGUGCAGUACAAGAUUAGUGGAAUAUAGUAUAUUAAGGCUGGGUAAGAUUUAGUCACAUUGAAAGCCACAUGAAAUGUUAUCUGGUUCACAUUAGAUACAGAAUUUUUCUUACCACCUUUGGCUUCCCACCUUAAUUUACGAUCUGACUACCAAAUAGUAUUUAACAAAAGCUUAUAUAAUGCUACUAAUGUGGGUUUAUGUAAAAAGCCUUUGUCCCUUUCACAUUGAAAAUAAAAUUUUUUAUUAAUUUCCAGUGCUUAUUCUUGGUUGUUUUCAAUGAUAAAAAAAUAAAGAGGUAUCUGUAGAAUGGAAGUCCUUGUCUCACUUUAAAGUUUGUCUCUUAAGGCAUGAUGGAACUUUAUUGAAAGCUACAAUCUGGGUCUGUCAUAUGUUCAGAAAAAUAUACAAUCUGUAAGAAAUUAAUUUGUCAGUUACCUAUGUACAUGUUAUUCUGAUAACAGCUUCAUAUUUAAGUACCAAUGCUGAGUAAUAUUAAUACCUCCAUACAUUUUCUUCACUCUGUAAUCAAACCAUAGUCUUUCAUGAUAAAUCUUGUCAGCAAUGCACAUCUCAUUUUACUAAGGCAGCUACACAGAAGUUUAGGUGCUUUGUAGUAUACUGUGAACUACAGUAUUUUCUGUAAUUAACCAUGAUAUUAAAUUGCAAGAGUAAAUAUAUUGUGGAAGCUGAUUUGUUUAGGUGGUGACAAGAGAUAUUAGAAUAUUUUUUUCACAAAAUAAAAUUUUAAAUUGUCAACAUUGCUAGCUAAACCUAAAUCUCAAUAAAUGUAGCAUCAAAGAGACCUGAAACUACAUGAAUUAAAAUUAAAACUAAUCUAGCUCUGCUUUUAGUUAAUGUUUCACAGGAUCUCAUUGUGUCUCCUAAAUAUAGCUUCCUCAUUUUAAAGAUGAUGAUCUAGGAUUUUCAUUCAUUUUCAUGAAAGUGAGGGUGAACCAGUGUGGAGGGUGUUCUGCACAUACAAAACUUGGAUGAUAAAAUAUAUCAUUCAUAAAAUAUAAUUGGUUGGCAUUUGUCCUAGUAAUGUUGGGAUGAUGAACAAUUUUCUGACAUGUGUACAUAUAAACAUGAAAAUUAUAUUAAUAAUAAAGAAAAAACACAUGUAACAAUGUACAUAACAAAUUUCUGAUGCAAUGACCAUGAAAUUGUUAAUUUACAUUUUAUUUGUUUUUGUAUAAUUAUUCAUUUUUUUUAUUCUUUCCUAUAUACAACUGACUAUGUAAGAUCCAUAUGUAGAUAAUUUUCUUGCCAUCAUGUCACAUAUUAAUACCUCAACUGAGUUAAUCUUUAAGGAAAAUUUGUAAUUCUCAAAGGAACAAAGUGAACUGUGGAAAUAUUUGCUUCACUGACCUGAGUUGAUAUGUCCUCUGGAUUACCUAUUUCAAAACUAAGUGAAACUAAAGCACAAAAUAUGGUUAAUGUGUUAUUAUCCUGCAGCUUUUGUGUAUCCAUUGUAGGAAGGUGUGUUAUUUUUUGUAGCUACAAUACCCUUUACAAUGAAUACUUAUCCCAGAACAUACUGACAAUUAGAAAAAUAUAUCAUGAUACAGAUAA